UCUCUCUCUGCCUCUCUCUCUCAUAACAAGUCUUUAGACUCUUCUUCAUUUGCAAAGCUUUCUGAAGAAGAGCAAAUAUACUAGAAACCAUGCUGCUGGAAAAGGUUGUGCGCCUUGGCAAUUUGAUCCGAUCUUCCAGUUUUGCUUCUUUAUCAAAGAUUGGAGCUUACUAUACAUCUCGGGCUGCAUCUCCCCUCCAAGAAGCCUGUGAACCUUCUUCUUACAGUGAUGAUGAGUCCACGGAUAUUGAUUGGAACAAUAUCGGAUUUGGUAUCAGGCCAACCGAUUACAUCUACAUUACAAAAUCCUCUGCAGAUGGGAUUUUCGAACAAGGCCAACUCAACCCCUAUGGCAACAUUGAAUUAAACCCUUCUGCCGGAGUCUUAAACUAUGGCCAGGGAUUGUUUGAAGGUACAAAAGCAUGUAGGAGAGAAGAUGGGCGCAUCUGCCUCUUCCGCCCAGAUCAGAAUGCAAUCCGUAUGCAGGUUGGUGCUGAGAGAAUGUGCAUGCCUUCUCCCUCCAUUGAUCAAUUCAUUGAUGCUGUCAAACAAACCGCCACUGCUAACCGGCGUUGGAUUCCCCCUCCAGGAAAAGGGUCUCUUUAUAUUAGGCCUUUGCUCAUAGGAAGUGGACCUAUACUCGGUUUGGCACCGGCGCCAGAAUACACAUUCCUUGUAUAUUCUUCCCCGGUUGGCAACUAUUUCAAGGAAGGUUUGUCACCCUUGAACUUUUAUGUUGAGGAUGAAUUCCAUCGUGCCACUCGUGGAGGAGCUGGAGGUGUCAAAUCCAUUACCAAUUAUGCCCCGGUUUUGAAAGCAUUAACUAGAGCAAAGAGCAGAGGAUUUUCUGAUGUAAUAUACCUUGAUUCGGUGCAUAAGAAAUAUCUUGAAGAGGCCACUUCUUGUAAUAUUUUUGUGGUGAAGGGAAAUAUUAUUUUGACUCCACCAACCAGUGGGACUAUUCUUCCGGGGGUCACACGAAAAACUGUCAUUGACAUUGCCCGUGAUCAUGGGUUUCAGGUUGAGGAACGUACUGUUCCAGUAGAGGAAUUGCUUGAUGGUGAUGAAGUUUUCUGCACAGGAACUGCUGUUGGUAUUGUCCCCGUGGGUACCAUCACAUAUCAGGGUAAAAGGGUUGAAUACAAAUCAGAAGGCCAGCUCGUUAGUCGGGAACUGUACUCAACACUAGUAGGGAUUCAAUCAGGCCAUAUCGAGGACAAGAAGGGAUGGUAUCUUAAGAUUGAAUGAAUUUUUUUUAAUUAUGUUUCUCAAUUGCAGCAAAACAGAUAAGUGCAAAAGUACCGUCUGCUCUUUCAUUGGUUUCUUGGUUGUAAAUAGGGAUAAUUGUCAUUUAAUGGAUGCCUAAUUUGUGAGAUCUCCCUUUCAUUAGAUUCUUCAGUUUGUAAAAGAUGGUGUUUCUAAGUAUUGUGUGGUUAAUAAACUGCUUAUUUAAAUCUC